UGUGGUUCUUCCAUAAAGGGAUUCACCCCUUCACUGUGCUGUCCCACAUUUUCCUGCACAAAGAGGUCUGAAGAGCACUGGGGUUUGUCAGUCAUCCUUUCAAACCAGAGCAGCCCCUCACUUGCAGCGUGCAUUUCACCUCUCUCCUUGCCUUCCCAGCUCCCUGCAUCCCUCCUCCUGUUGGGUCCUUGCUCCUGCUUUCUGGAGCCAGCACUCCGGGGUGGCAGGCAUGUUGGGAUCUGCAGCACCAGGGUGUAGCCUCCAACGCACACCCCAGUAAUCUGGUCUUACCUGCUGCUCGCUCAGACAGCGGUGAGGAAACACCGGGGGCUGAGCUGCUCUUCCCCACGAGCUGAGCCUCCAAGAGCCAGCGAGAGCCAGAGGUGUGAGCCCCCCUGGGAAAGGGGACACGGAGCUCGUGGGCUGAUGCACCGAGAUCCGGGAAGGUGUGCUGAGACUGGCAAAGCAGAAAUAGGACUCGAAGCAACAGAGUGCCAGAUGGGCUCUGCACAAGCCAGGCAGAAGUGCAUCAGGAAGUGAGAAAGGAGAAGAGACGAACUGCAGCGUCCCAGAUGUAGAAUCAGCCGUGGGGCAGCAGGGGACAGCUGUGAUUUGGGUGAAGAGCCYGCCUGGCUCUGUUUCGAUCCGAGCUGCUUUGCAGGGUUGGCACCCGGACCGAGACCUCUGCAGCGGGAGCGAUCAGCAGCCAGCAGGCCCACGGCCACAGCUGGCUCCUCUCCAGCGGUGAGGAACUGUAGUGACAGCUGGCAAUGACCCUCCAUCGCCUCAGCACCCCCAUAACCACAGGAAAGAAUUGCUGAACAAGAGGCAGAAGCUGACUCUACAUUAUUACCAUCCCUGCCAGAUGACCACAGAUCAGCAAUCCAAAGCAGCACCAGCCAAGAGAAAUAUUGCCCAUCUAUCUCCCAGCUGCAGGUGACAGGAAUGACCUACCCGUCGUUUCCUGGAGGGGAAUGACUUCACUCAGUGCUCUUCUUUGUGCUUCCUUAGCCCACCAACAGGCUCAGCCAUCUCAGCGAGACCAUCCCCUGACCCACGCCGGGCAUGUCAGUGUCCAACACGUCUCAGACAUGCAAGGAUUACACCUUCAACCACCACCUCCUCAUGCCUGGCUACACCCUGAUAUUCAUUACGGGUUUGAUCCUGAAUGUGGUAGCUCUAUGGAUAUUCAUCCGAUACCUGCGCCUGAAGUCUGUAGUGAUGAUCUACAUGUUGAACCUGGCCAUAAGCGACCUCAGCUUCACUCUACCUCUGCCACUACGGCUCUACUACUAUUCCAACCACCACUGGCCCUUCGGCAGCGUCCUGUGCCAGGUCUCUGGUUCGGUCUUCCAGAUCAACAUGUACGGCAGCUGCCUCUUCCUCAUGUGCAUCAACCUGGAUCGCUACAUUGCCAUUGUUCACCCGCUUCGCUGGCGGCACUUGCGGCGCCCCAAGGUAGCCAAGCUCCUCUGCCUGAUCGUCUGGCUCGUGAUCUUCAUGGGCUCCAUCCCCACAGCCAUAGUCCACAAGCAAAACCACUGUAAUGUACACAACCAGACCAUUUAUCUGUGCUUUGAAAGCUUUAGUGACAACAUGUGGCAGAAUAACCUCUUUCCCCUGGUAAUCCUGGCUGAAAUCUUGGGGUUUCUCCUGCCUCUCAGCUCUGUGACAUACUGCUCAAUUCGGAUCUUUCAGGAGCUCUGCCAGCCCAGCCAGACAAAGACCUUGCGGCAGCAGAAGACUGUCCGUCUCCUCUUGGUCAAUCUGGUCAUCUUCAUCAUCUGCUUCGUGCCCUACAACACUACCCUGGCRGUUUAUGGGAUGAUAAAGGCCCGGGUGAUGAAGGUUGAGGAGGACACCCAGGCCUCCGUGCGCCAARCGUUAAUUAUAACAAUGAUGUUGGCCAGCAUGAACUGCACUCUGGACCCCUUGAUCUACUACUUUAGCACCGAGGGUUUCCGUAACACCUUCAAGAAAUUGCGGAAGGGACAAGCCUGGGACUCGGAGAUGGGGACGCUUAAGCAUCAGGUUGUGGACAGUAAGUCAAUCCGAGAUCACGCUGCCUCUAAAAUAAAACUGUUCCCAUCUGAAAACUUUAUCCGUCCCAAGGAAUUUUCGCCGUCGCUUCCUACUGCAGUAUUUCUCAAUGGCCCUAUUGAGGACUCAGAAAUUUAAGCCCAGGAAAGCCGUCCCAUUGCAGUCACCCGUGCAAUAAAUACAGCAAGCAAACUCUUUGAGGGAGCACAGCAGACUGUUUGUGGGUGAAYGUGAUAAUGCAAAGCUGGAGGAUGGAAGGUUGUUUUGAAUAAACAGAGAUGCCUUGGUGACACGGUCAUAACCUGACUCUUUUGGUACAGGAAACAUAGUGGGGAAGAAGGAUUUGAAACAAACUUAGCGUGUCUAGAUCCAGCCAGCAUCAAUUCCUAUAGCGAGUCCAUCCUGUCUGAGUAUUUCYUGGCUGCACUGUAGCAUGAGGCAGUUCUGGGGAUCAUCAGAACACAGAUAUGGGACUCUCUGCUGACAAAGUGGAUUUACUAGCAAUGGCUGGGGGAAACCUUUGACCAGAUGUUUCAAUUAGAGUCAUAGGUCCAUCUUAGGACUCCUAAAUGAGUAUCUUAAUUUUCCAAAAGAAUAGAAGCAUUUAGCAAGCUUUGUUGGGGUCAAGGAGAAUAGCUGAGCUUCCAGUAAUCUUGCAGAAAAUGGGUUCCUAAUUGWAUAGAAAAUCACAGACCUUAGCAAAACAAUCUUCAGGAGGUAUGUCAAAUGUGCAGCUGUACACACACACAUGUGGCACAAUGUCACAAUUACCUAAAGCAAAAUAGCAUAUUUAAAGAAACUACAUUCCCAAUGGCCUCAGAAAAAAAAGAGAGGAUACCAAUGUUGUCAUCGUGUCAGAAGUUCAUGCUGAUGUUAGUGCUUUGCACUCUCUUGUUGCUGGGCCCUGUACAGGAUGAUUGAUUUCAGGUCUGAGUGAUUUUCACUGUUGAAAAGAAAUGAUGUCACAGAAUGAGGCUGCAGUGAAACAUGUUUGCUUGCCCUGUGCUUUUUCAGCCCUAUAAAUCUCCCUAGAGGUGAGAUCCAGCUGUACCCAGGCAGUGCCAGAAGCCCAGUUUUUCACUCCUGCCAAUGGCCAAGCGUUGCCUUUCCAAUUGCACUGCUAAACAGCCUCUCUGUGGCUUCCAGUGGGUCUCAGGCUAUUCUGGAGUGGAUCCAUUACAGCGGUUUGGUUUUAGUUUUUUUAAUGUUAAAGGAAAGGUCAGGGAAAGUGACAAGAAAUGCAGUUAAGAAUGCUAGGUUUUAUAGUUUUUAUGCUUCUCAAUAAGCAAUAAAUCUGGUUUCAAGUUCUUACUUCAUGACUGCUGUGAGAAUAAAUGUUUUGUAAUACAUUAUGGGUUUGUGUUUGGAGAUACUGGGUUUUAAAUCCAUUUUUCCAGGCUCUCUUGAAGAUCCUGUUUUACUACAGAUGACUGCAGAAGCAGGCCUUCAGGAAGACCUGUAGAAGAUGAUGAGCCUCUCCACACAGACAUCAUUGUGUCACAGCCUGCCUGUGAGACAUAUGCCCUAGCUAAGCCAGCACUGUCCCCUUGUUCAGCCCGUGCAUCACCAACAGACCAGCCUUGAAAUCCAUCUGCAGAUGAAGAACAUCUAAUGGUGCCCAAGAGAUGCAGGGAUAGAGGGGAAGAGGGCUUGCAGAGCAGUAGGUUUUCCAUUUUAAAAGCUCMGAACUACCAUGAAUCAUUUGUGACAAUAGUGCAGCUGGAGAGGAAACAGAGCUGUGUGCAUCUCUUCUGUUACCCUUUCAUCCUGGGAUCUAUGGGAUAAUGAAGUGAUAUUACAGCGAUGCACUGCUGUCCAUUUUCAAAUCUUACUCCAUCUUCCUCCUUCCUACAACCCUUUCCUUCUCCUUGUCUCUCUGGUCCUUUCUCCUUUCCCUAAUCUAAUGCAUCAUGCACCUAAGCAUCCACACAACAUCUUCACAGCUACGUUUUCUUCCCCGCCCAGAGAAACUGAUUUUUUUUCUUUCCUUUUAACUUGGCUAGAGUGCUGUUGUAAGUCCACUGAAAGAUUUGGGUGGGAAGGGACCUCUGGAGGUCUCUACCUGAGCUGCGUUCUCGCAGCAGGUUGCUGGGGGCAGUGAGGGCUGGUGGCUCCCUAAAGGAAUGUAACAGCUGAGAGCCAGGCAUGGUCACAAGGCAGGCAGAGGAAGAGGCUUAGCCAGCAAGAAAAAGUAUCUGAGCAAGGGGACAAAGACAGGUACAGGCAGACAGCCACAUUAACUKAGAAUCCAGAUCAUCAGACAAGUCUGUGGUGAUGAGGCAGGUCCAAGGUCAAAUUAAGAAGUCAAGUCAGCAUCAGGAUGAGCCAGGUACCAGGGUGAGCCACAGUCCAGAGAUUGCCUGACAAAUCCAUCAUGACAAGGCAGGUCCUAGGUCAAGCCAGGAAGCCUAUCCACAGGUCCAGAUCCAGAGUGCAUGGUCCGGCACAGGCCAGACUCCUCAGACAGGAACUAAGGGCAGGAGCACCAGCUUAAAAGCAGCUCCUCAGGCAGGGGGUCAGUCCAGACUGAGGCUCCAGCAGAGCUUUCUGGAAACUCUYCCAAAAGUCAUCAGAGGGAAGCAGYUGCCCUCAGCUCCACUGCCUCUGACCUGUCCCCAGGCUCGUCCAGCCAAAGCCCGAGGAGCAGAGAGGAUGUUCUUGGGACCCCAAGGUAGUUCAGGUUGCUGAGAGCCCUGUCUGGGUGUCUGUCUGGGUGUCUUCUGCGCACCUCCAAGAAUGGCAGUUCCUCAGCUUCCUGAUAUACCCACACCAGUGCUGAAACAUGCCCUGGGGAGAGGCUUUUCCUCACGCUCACCAGGACUGUUUUGCAAGYCAUGGCUGUUGUGCUUUCUCAGGGCCACUACGAGCAGAGUCUGGCUCUGUCUUCUCUUGCCAAGCUUGCCAAGCAUGAAUGAAACGUCAGCAGGCACAUGCCACUCCUUCAGGAAGAAGAGGCUGCUCCUCUGCUGAAGUUACAGUACCCUCCACAACACACAACACAUAACUUCUCGAAAAGCACACCAGAAAACAUKAUCUUUUUUUGCAGCUUCAUUCCUGAAAAUAGUGGAACUAUUUUUACCUGGAACAUUUCAUAAAUAUUCCACCUCCAACAGAGGAAAUUUUAGCUCAAAUAUUUUGACUAAAUUAUAAAUAACUGAAAAGCUGAUCUCUUAAUGAAUCUCAUCAACCAGUUUAACAAUAAAGAGGGCUUCUGGUCAUGUUAAAUGCAGCAGAGAAGUUCCUGACUUUGGRUUUCUGAAGGCUUUGUUUAAUUAUUAUGUAUCAACAGUGGUGCACCCAGUGUGGACUGCUACGUUUGGUCCUUUGGGUAUUCAGUCUUUUUCAGCUUGCAUUAGUUUUGUUUUAUUUUUGAGGAUUCUAGUCAAAUUUAAUCRCUUUGGCUUCUGCAGGGGAUUUGGGAUAUUUUUCAUGUUUGACAKAGAGAAUUGGUGUUAACUAAGUCUUCUGCUUCCGCAUUUUUGCCUCUGUAAGCUUCAGGGCUUUUUUAUUCCAUCACAUGGUGAUAAGGAACAGCACACGUAUGUGCUGUCUUUUAGUGAACUGAGUCAUUCACCCUUAUCUUGCUUUAUGGCUUCUCUUUAAUCAGUGUGUAUAAAAAAAGCCAGACAAACAAAUCUGAAAGUCCUAGGGUAUGAUGGUGUCCAACAAUACAAACCAGAACCACUUUAAAGUUUGUGUUUAGAACAACAGGAGCUACCUGAAGCAAUGGUAUUCGAGAAGAGGAAGCUAAAUG